UUUCUGAACUCGCCAAGCGUUGAUGUACAACUUUCUCCACAUGUACGAUGAUGACAAUUCAUGAGAUUGUAAGGCAGUUGCAACACCUGUAUUGAAUUCUGCCUAUUGCGCGGUUUUUGGCAGCCAUCCUCCUAAAUGGCGGUCGGUCGCAAGAUCAACGGCGACUCAGUUGCCGAAGGACCACUAGAUUAGUGAUGAACGGGUGGUACAGUGGAAGUACAUAAAGAGGUGCGCCGCUGAAGAUGAAGUAUGUCAACCAGCCUUAGAUCAACCUCGACUCUCAGCAACCACACGCACGCAGCACGAAAGCUUACAGCCACUCAUCGAUAUCUAAAUCCAACAUCAAUCUCUCUCCCACAUCUUUCUGUCAUUAUAGCUUGAGAACAUGUCCUCACAACCCAGCGUCGUCAUUGUUCCAGGCAGUUUCUGCCCUAGCAGCAUGUACGACCCUCUCGUAAUGCCACUUCGUGCAAAAGGCUACGACAUCCACGUUCUCGAACCGCCCUGCUAUCCUGCUGGCUACAAAGCCAACUCCGGUACUCAACCAAGCAUGUAUGACGACGCGGCUUACGUCAACGAGUUUGUGAGAAAUCUGGCAGAUGGCGGAAAGGAAGUCAUCUUACUUGCGCAUAGCUAUGGUGGUUGCCCAGCCACCGAGGGUGUUAAAGACGUAACGAAGAAAGAGAGAGAGCAUCAGGGCAGGACUGGUGGUGUGGUACGCCUUGCGUAUCUCACAGCCGCCGUCCCACGUCUCGGCGAAUCCUGUGGUCAGACUCUUGCACGUGAACAGAGUGCUCCAAUCGACGUUGAUGAAAAUGGAUGGGUAACGCAGUCCGAUCCUGCAGCUACAGCGUCACUUUGCUUCAACAACCUCACGCUGGAAGACGGCAUCUCGUACGUUGCCAAGUUUGGCAAGCAUCACGGUGCUUGUUUCGGUGACGUACUUACCCACGCUGGCUACAGAGAUGUUCCUGUGUCUUGGUUUCUCGCAGCAGAGGACUUCAUUGUUGUACCAAAGGUACAGCAGACUGCCAUCGAUAUUAUCGAGGGAAGUUGGGUCGGUACAGAGAGGGAUGGAAUGAAGGUGGAUAUUACUGAGGCCGCCUGCGACCACUUUCCCCUUGUUCUCGAUGAGAAGAGAGAGCAAGUGAGUGUUUGGGUUGAAGGUCUCGUUGAGAAAGGUGGCCGCGAAUAGUCAUCCGUGGUGAGCCUUUACUGCAGUGUAAAAGGAAAAGUUCCAAUGCUUGGGCAACUGGCUUCUGGACAUGCCAAUCAGAUGUGCUUGUAUGGUGCACAUAUAGCGUAGUAUACUAUCUCUAAG